CUUUGCUGGUGGUCAAGCUCGAAUGGCCUUGUAUUUCCUGCUCUGCCAGUCUGCCGUUCAAAACACUCGCAAAUCUAACGCUCGUUGUUCAACCAUUCUCCACCAGAAACCCAAAUCGAUCCAAUCCGGGAAACCCCCGCUCCCCCGCUCCUUCUCCUCCAUGGAUCAAAACCCGAGAUCCGCAGGCGUCCUGGACUCUCUUGGUGAAGAAAUCAUCAGAAUCAUAGCACCAGUUUCCGCCUGCAUGUUCAUGGUGGUCCUUCUGGUAAGCGUUCUCAACUCUUCCUCAUCCUCAUCAUCGCCAUACGUCAGCACCAUAGCUACCAUGGCUUACGCCGAAACUAGCUCAGACUCGUCCUGGGACAAAUUCACAGGCGCCUUUUUGAAUUCUCUGGUGUUCGUGGCUGUUGUCACUGUCGUUACCUUCAUCCUGGUGCUCUUAUUUUAUCUGAGAUGCACCAGAUUUCUUAAACUGUAUAUGGGUUUCUCCGCAUUUGUUGUGUUGGGCUUUAUGGGCGGUGAAAUUGCCCUGUUUCUUAUCGGAGAUUUCAAUUUUCCCCUUGAUUGCAUCACAUUUUUUGUGGUUUUGUAUAAUUUUGCGGCUGUCGGUGUUGCGGCUGUGUUCAUGUCAAAAAUGGCAAUUUUUGUGACGCAAGCGUAUUUGGUUGUUAUUGGGAUGUUGGUUGCUUAUUGGUUUACUCUUUUACCUGAAUGGACUACUUGGAUGCUUUUGGUUGCCAUGGCAUUGUAUGAUCUUGCAGCAGUUUUGCUGCCCGGAGGGCCUUUAAGACUCUUGGUUGAGCUUGCAAUAUCAAGGGAUGAAGAUAUUCCCGCAUUAGUUUACGAGGCUAGGCCACUUACUUCUCACAGUUCGGGCCCAAAUGGUCGUGUAGUUCAGAGGAGGGUUUGGAGAAGAAGGGGUAUUGAAUCUGGUUUGGGUGAGAAUGUAGAUUCAAAUUCUGGGUUUGACUCAGAAUCUGGUGCUAGAUCUGUUUUGGCCUCAAAUUCAACUGCAGGGACCAUUUCUGUUGGAAGUGAGCAACAUGACACUGGAUUGCUGAUUGCUGAAGAGGGGCGAGUUACGGGGAGGGAUUCUGAGCUUUCUGCGCCACUGAUGGACUCCAGAAUGAUUGUUGUGCAACAUGGACAAGAAGAACCUGUCUCUGGUGAAAAUUUGGUUCUUGAGGGAAUUGGAUUGGGGUCUUCUGGUGCCAUCAAGCUGGGGCUGGGAGACUUUAUUUUCUACAGCGUGCUAGUUGGUAGAGCAGCAAUGUAUGAUCUUAUGACAGUUUAUGCAUGCUACCUUGCAAUUAUAGCUGGUCUUGGUAUUACUCUGCUGCUACUUGCUUUUUAUCAGAAAGCUUUGCCAGCACUUCCUGUGUCUGUUAUGCUAGGUGUGUUGUUCUAUUUCUUGACUCGGAUCUUACUUGAAGUUUUUGUUGUACAGUGUUCUAUGAACCUAUUGUUGUUCUAAAGCAUGACUAAUUUUAUUGGAGUUUGAUACUUGGUGACAGAA